AUGUCAACACUUCGUCCUUUAUAUCCAUGUCAUUAUAAAGAUCUUAAUCAACGUAUAUAUAAAUGUGACAUGUGUACUUGUUUAUUAUCACCUCCAAUGUUCUCAACAUCAAAUCUUUGUUCUUCAUUAUUAUCAACAUCGUCAUUAGUUUGUUCAGAUAAUUCAACUAAAAUUCCUAAUGAAGAAUUACUUCGUUUAAGACUUAAUGAAAUUGAAUUCGAAAGUAAUCAUCAAUUUCUAACAUCCUAUUCUAUUAUACCAAAAAAAUCUUUUAAUGAUAUUCAAUUUGAAUUUGAUAAUUUUAAUAAUGAUAUUAUAGAAAAUCUAUUAAAUUUUGAACAAUUUUGUUCUUCAUUAAAUAAUUCUCGUUUAACAUUCUAUCGUUUACAAACAAAUCUAUCAUUUAAUCAAAUAAAUCAAUGUCGUUUAACAAUAUUUUCAUUACGUUUUCUUGAUACAACUAUUGAAAAUAAUCUUUUAAUAUUACAUACAAAACCUGAUACAUUAAUUUUUUAUAAUUGUACAUUUAAUAUUAAUUCUUUUAAUUUAACAAGUACAACAACAACAACAUUAGCAUUUUAUUAUGUUAAAUUUCAUUCGAAAUUAUUUCUAUUAAAUUCUUUAUCAUCAUUAAUACAUUUAACAAUAACACAUACAACAAAUUUUGAUAUUAUUGGUUCAUAUCCAAAUUUAAUUUAUCUUGAUUUAUGUCAUACACAAUUAGAUGAUAUACAAUUAAAUAGAUUAUUUUCACAAAUUGAAAUACCUGAUUUAGUAACAUUAAUAUUAUCAAAUAAUCAUAUAACAACAUUAAAAACAAAAUUUCCAUUGAGAGUACGUUAUUUAGAUUUAUCAAAUAAUCAAAUUAAAUCAUUAGAUUAUACAUCUUUUAAAUCUUUAUAUUCAUUAAAUACAUUAAAUUUAAGUUAUAAUUCACUAUUAGAUAUUCAACAAGAUACAUUUACACGUAUACCAUAUUUAGAGAUACUUGAUUUAACGUCAUCUCUACCAUCAUUACCUGUUGAUGAUUUAUUUUUACCGUUACAAAAACUUCGUUAUCUAAAUAUAUCAUCAAAUAAUUUAAAUUCAUUACCACGUUUUCCAGUUCCAUAUGAUGCACAUACUAUAGCUAGUUAUGAUCAUCAUUUACCUGUUUUAUAUGUUGAUAUGUCAAAUAAUAAUUUAAAUCAAAUUGAUUUUGAUAUGUUUUCUUCAGCAUCAACACAAGAUAAAUAUAUUAUAUCAAUUGAUUUAACAUUUAAUCAAUUAAAAACCUUACAAUUACCAUCUAUGAUAUCUACGGGUAUUAAAAGACGUGGACCAUUAAUUGAAUUAAAUAUUAAUAAUAAUCCAUUAGAAUGUGAUUGUAUUUUAUAUGAAAAUAUUUUUCCAUUAUUACAAACUGAUGUUCUAUCUCAACAGCAAAAUACUUAUAAUUUACCACUUCCAUUUCAACCACCACCGCAACAAGUUCCAUCUGGCUAUUAUCCUAAUCAGCAUUUACCCUCAGGUAUUGUCACUCCACCACCCUUACCGACUCCUUUACUUCCUUAUGCUCAAUCUGGAAACUCAUUAAACUAUAUCCGAUCUCGUCGUCAAUUGAAUCCUUCAAAACUACCAACAUCAGCAUCAUUACUUGCACAAAAUCUCGUUAAACAAGCUCGUAUCAAAUUAUUAAAUCUAUCAAAUUUAACAUGUAAAGACAUGACUGAACCCAAUCAAAAUCGAUCUUUAUUUGAUCUUAAUUCCACGAAUAGUUUUUGUCUCUAUACAAAAUCGUGUCCAUCAACAUGUUCAUGUUGUUCAUCAUCAACAUCAUCAUUAUUAUUUAAUAUAAAUAAUUGUGAAUGUUAUUAUCAAUGUCCAAUAGAAUGUACAUGUAAACAUUCAUUUGAUUUAUUAAAAAAUUAUGUUAAUUGUUCAAAUCGUUAUUUAAAUAAACUACCAUUAAAUAUUCCUCAUACAACAACACAUUUAAAUUUAAAUCAUAAUCAACUAAAAUCUCUUGGAAAAAAUUUAACUGAUCUAACAAAAUUACAAUAUCUUUCAAUAUCAAAUAAUCGUUUAGAAUAUUUAUCAAAUGAUGAUUUUUCAACAUUAAAUAAAAUUGAAAAUUUAGAUUUAUCAUCAAAUCAGAUACAAACAAUUGAACCGCGAACAUUUUCAACAAUGUUUCAUCUUAAACAUCUUUAUCUACAUGAUAAUAUAUGGAUACCAAAAUUUUAUACUGGAAAUGGAGAAUUUCAAUCCAAUACACGUUUAAAUGUAUUAACAUAUGGUAAAAAUUUCGUAUGCAAUCGAUCAGCAAUAUCUUCUAGUUUUACUAUUGAAACUCCUCUUACAGCAGAUGAUUGUUGUAAACAUACGUCAAAUAUUGAAUCAUGUCGACAAUCUAUUAGUACAAAUGAAUUUAAUUUUCAACCUGACAAUGAACAUUCAUCAUCUCAUUCGAAUAAAAAUUCGAAAAAAUUUUUUCAAAUGUUAUUUCAUGAAAAAUAUCGUCUCUAUGUUUUUAUUGGAUUAAGUAUACUUAUACUUAUAAUAUUAUGUGUUAUUAUAUUAUGUAGUAUAUUUUGUCUUUGUCGAAAAAAGAAACAAUUAAAACAUCCAUCACCAGCUGAAAGAAAACUUUUAUCAAAUGGUGAUUCGAAAAAAACAACAAAUCAUUAUCAUAAAACUUUACAAGCAACAGCAUCAUCAACAACACCACAAAUGACAUUAUCAUCAUCAACAACUGCUAUACAAAAAUUAAUUAAUUCAACAAGACAAAAAAGUAUAACUUCUAAUACAGCUUAUAAACAACAAGAAAAUGAUGCUUCAGUUUCAUAUUCUGAUAAUGAUGAUGAAGAUGAUUAUGCUUCUAUACCAUUAACAGUAUCUCAAAAUGAUCUAGCAACUGUAAUUCGUCCACAACCAGUAGUUCCACCACUUCCACCACCUCGUCAAACACAACAACAACAACAGCAACAACGUUUAUUAUCUAAUCGACCUUUAUCUCAUUCAUCAACAGUUUCAACAUCAACAACGAUUCGAUCAAUUGUUCCAAUGUUAAAACGUACAAAUUCUUCUGGCUCAAAACAUGCUCAAUCAUCAUUAACACCAGCACGUUCAUGUUUACAAAUUAAACUUGAUGCACUUGUAUUAUAUUCAAUAAAUGAUAGUGAAUUAGUACAUGGAAAUAUUGGUGAAUACCUUGAAGAUAUGUAUGGUAAACGUUUUAGUUUUUAUUUCCUACAUCGUGAUCGUAUGUUGGGUGAACUUGAUUGGUUAAUUGAAAAUUCAUGUGUAACAAUAAUUAUUUUACGUAAACCAUAUCAUAUUGUACAUGAUUAUAUGAAAAUUUUAUCAUCAUGUUCAUCAAUAAAAAUAUUUCUUAUACUUGUUAAUGAUGAACAAAAUCAUCAUAGUUCAUCAUCAUCAAUAAAAGCACGAGAAAAAAUAGCAAAAUUAUAUCGAACAACAAAUAUUUAUGAAUGGAAUUCUAAUCCAUCAUCACUUAUACAUGAACAACUUGAAUUAUUUCUUGAGCAAAAUUGUGGUUCAGCUACUUAUGUACCCUAUUAA